AUGGAGCACUCCCCAUCAAUGAACUCAACAGUGGUGGAUGGAGACGAGCCGGAGGACCACCGACCCCUCCUUCCACCACGGAUGGUCCCACCUCAGGCCUACUCGCCGCAGUGUGGACCACACCACACGGUCCAGACGUCCAUUGAUCACACAGUGUGGUUGGACAGAACCCAGGCAAUGGCUACAACACCUCUAUACAACGGCCACCUCUAUGUGACGGCAACACCUCGAUCCAGCAGGAGGAGAGAGAAAACUAAGGGCAAGGAGAAAAAAUAUGAGAAAAGGCCACAAAAUCCAGGAACAAAGGAGCGCAACCAACAAAGCAAAGCUAAAUAUCUUGGCUCAAAUAGACUCCAGGAGACAGUCACGUCCUUCACUGAUGUACCAAUCUCCCCUUGUGGAUCCCCGUUUAAGGGCCACAGCAGGUCCAACCUGGAUAUCAGGGAUGUUGAAGGUCGAGGGUGCCGCAAGUCGGGCAAUGUUUCUCUGGAAAUGCAUGAUCGCAAGAGUCUCCCAGAGAUCAUCAUCACCAGUAAGGAUGACAACGUUCAACAGCAACCGCAUAAGGCGCCACAAUUUCACCAGCGCCCAGGAGAAACCAGGGGUCCACUUCCAGGGGCCAAGCUCUUCCGCAGGAGCCCCAGCCCCAGUCCUCAGCACAGCCCCAGACGCAAAGAGGACGCCAAGAAGGACUCAUAUUGGAGGACACACAACAUCGGCUGGCGGUUGGUCCGCAGGAGGGCCCUGUUUUUGAGGAGGCAGCGGCUGAACGACUGCGCCCUGGCUGUGGGCUUGUUUGGAGUGUUCAUGAUGGUGAUGGAGACGGAGCUGUCCUGGAGCAUCUACAGCAAGAGCUCCAUCUACUCCCUUUCUUUCAAAUCAGUCAUCAGUUUGUCAACGCUCAUCCUGCUGGGCCUCAUUGUUGCCUAUCACUGCUGUGAGGUGCAGCUUUACGUUCAUGAUAUUGGUGCAGAGGACUGGAGGAUAGCCAUGACCACGGACCGAUUUGCUCUGAUUGUCUUGGAGCUGGUAAUAGUGGCCAUCCAUCCCUAUCCGGUGGGGCUGUUGGCAUACUUCCAGAAGACCCAGGUCCGUACCACGCUCUCAGAGACGGAGCUGGAGAUCAUGCUGGCUUUGCCCAUGUUUCUCAGGCUGUACCUGCUGGGUCGAGCAAUGAUGCUGCACAGCCGCCUCUUCACAGACACGGCCUCCCGGAGCAUCGGAGCACUAAACAAGAUCCACUUCAACACCAGGUUUGUUGGGAAAACGCUAAUGACUACCUACCCUGGCACCGUCCUGAUGAUUUUCAGUGUUUCUCUGUGGAUUGUGGCAGCAUGGGGCCUACAUGUGUGUGAAAGACACCACAAUUACAGAGACCUUAGCAGCAACUACAUGGAGGCCCUGUGGAUGGUCUCUGUCACCUUCCUGUCCAUCGGUUAUGGAGAUGUGGUCCCUCACACUUACUGCGGCCGCAGCAUCUGCCUGCUCACUGGGAUCAUGGGAGCCGGCUGCACGGUCCUGGUGGUGGCAGUGGUGGCCAGGAAGCUGGAGCUAACCCGAGCCGAGAAACACGUCCACAACUUCAUGAUGGACUCCCACAUCUCCAAAAGGAUAAAAAUUGCUGCUGCAAAUGUGCUGAGAGAGACUUGGCUUAUCUACAAGCACACUAAGCUGUCAAGAGAGCGAGACCACACCAGAGUCCGCAUGCACCAGAGGAAGCUGCUGCUGGCCAUCCACCAGCUACGGAGAGUGAAGAUGGAAAAGAGGAUUCUUGCAGAUCAGGGAAACUCACUGGUUGACCUCUGCAAGAUGCAAAGUCUGAUGUACGAUGUUCUGGCAGAGGUGCAGGGCUGCAGGGGGGAGCUGGAUUCGCACAUCAACAGCCUGGUUAAGAACGUAGAGGAGCUGAGGGAGGGCUUCAGGAGCCUGAUGCCGCUCCUAUCCAGCACUCUGUCCACACAGAACUCUUCCAUCCGCCACCUGCUGAGGGAGAGGGAGGAGAAGAGCGAGUGUGCCAGCGGGGCAGAGGGGUGAGGAGCAGAGGGCUGUCUCCAGUGCUUUUUUUUUUUUUUUCUGAGCUAUGGUGACCAUUCUUGGACAGUUUUCCUGGCUCAGGUGGGAUCAGUUCCGUGAUUAU